AAUACUGAAGGACGCCACUAUAAAAACUCCACUGUCCACGAUUGCUCAGUGGCUUUCCUGCUGUCAUUGAGAAAAAAACAAGUUGUGACUUUUGGAUUCUUAGCGUUCCAUCAUGUGUAAAGGACUUGCAACCCUUCCAGCAACCUGCCUGAAAAGCGCUAAAGAUAUCAAGCACAAAAUAAGCUUCUUACUGCAGAAGCCUGAACCCCAUGCUGCAGAUCAGAAGGAGAUAAAGGAAAAAACUGUGACGGCUGCUGUAAAGAGGGUCCCUGAUGCUGCUGAAGUAGAGAAAUGGAAGGAGUCGUUCAGUCAUGUGAUGAGCAGUGAACUGGGUCGUACAGUCUUCACCACCUUCUUAAAGUCAGAGUUCAGCCAGGAAAAUGUUUACUUCUGGAUCGCUUGUGAGGACUAUAAGAAGACGUCACCUUCCAAGCUGGCAACUAAAGCGAAGCAAAUCUACCAGCAGUAUGUUGAUGCAGAUGCUCCCAAUGAGGUAAACUUAGAUGCAGCUACAAGAGAAAAGACAAGGCGGGGAAUUGAGAGCGGCAGUCCAUCUUGUUUUGACGAGGCUCAGAAGAUGAUCUACACUUUAAUGGAGAAGGACUCUUACAGAAGGUUCUUAAAAUCCAAUCAUAUUCAGGAUCUGUGUCAGAAAGAGAAGAAUACUGCUCAAGAGAAAAAAGAAUGUGAUUGGGUUGAUAGUCGGCAGGUGUUAGCUGGUGGGGCCUAAACUAGGAAUGACAAGAAGAUUUAAAGCAGGUGCCAAAGUUAGAAGGUGCAGCAGAGAAGUAGACUAAGAAGGACAAAUAGCCAGAAAGAGUUUGACCUUAAGGGUGAUUCCUAUUUUGGAUGACUUUUCUUUAACAAACUCAACUUGCUGUUAUUUACUUGCAGAGUUUAGCUGUCAUAUAUUCAAUAAAAGUGUAAUGUUUUCUAUCUCUGAAUACAUUCUGUCGUGUUUUUCUGAAUCAGAGAGGUUGAUAUGGAGAGACUUUGCAUUGUAUUAUAAAGAAUGAAAGAUGCAGUUUUCACAAAUAUGUGUGAAGUGAGGAAAAUGAGAAAAAAGUAGGUUGUUUCCCAACCUACUUCCAGCCAACAGACAGGCUUAAGAAGCUUUAACUUAAAAAAGACCCUUGAACAAAGAUUACAAAGAAGGGAAAGUUCCAUUGACUGUUAAACUUUUGUCCAUUUGAUGUUCCCGUGUGGUCUUAAAUGUCGUGAAACUUUGCGCUCAAAGUGAAAAACUUAAUUCAGUGUUUAAAACUACCAAGACACUUCUCUGCACUUUCAUUCUGACAUUGAAACAGGAACAAAAAUAAACUUUAAUCUAAAAAGUGUGAACUACAGUCAAUUGUUUUACAAGACUCACUUCAAAUCCCCAUCUAAAGAACCAUGAAGGCUAAAUGCUGACAAACUCAAUUCCCUUUCAAGCCUAAAAAAAAAAUAAUAUAAUGGCUUUAGUUUGCUCAUUUGUUAAGUCUGUUAAAUUUAAGUGUUUGAUAUAUGGCAGAAUCAUUCUGAAAAUGAAGCAUAAUAAAGGAGUUUGUCACACAGUGGAGUUUAAGCCUUUAAAAGUUUUCAAAAAGCUUUCCAAAAAGUUAAAACUCAAUACCAAAGAAAUCAAAGUUGUCAAAAAUAAAAAAAAGAACGUGCAGAUAUUUUCCUUUGGGCUCUGUGCAUUUUGAUUCUUUUUCAAAUACCCUGUCACAGCUCAAAAUUAUUAAUAGAUAUAGAAGGAAAUAUUUAUUUGGUUGGUACCUAUUUACAAACCAAACAGUAUUACAACAUGGAUAUAUUGCUAUAAAGCAUAGUAACUGCGUUCUGUGAAUAAAAUAAACAGUCACCUGUUUUAAAAUGAAAUGUAGUUGUCAGGAUGCACACAAUAAUCAUUAUUGUUAAUAUUAUCAGUAUAAUUAUUGGAUGUACAAUUAAAGCUUCCCAUUUUUACAGUGUCUUUUUAACUAUACCAUCAUUGUUUUUGAAAGCAAAUGGAUGUUCUAAUGCCUCUUCUUAUUACUUUGAAAAUAUUCAACUUUAAUAAAUUACCAAUCAGCUGUGCUGCAUGAACAUCUUGACAUGAUCUCUACACUGUGAAAUUAGUGACUUUGUCUAAAUCUAUAGUGGGAAUUAUGUUUAUGAUUUAAUAUCUGAUAUAGUGUUGUUUUAUUGCAUGCUAUGUAUGGAAUAACCUUUGAAAUAAAGUUUACUAGUUAAUUGUUUUUGUUAGUGCAUUUAAAACUUUUUUUAUAUUAGUCAUACUGCUCUGUCUAAAAUAUUAGCAGGUGACUGAAAUGCAGAACUUUAAGGAUAAUUAAGCGGGGCUUUCAGAAGUGUGUUUCAUUAAAAUGUAAACUGUGAUUAACUGAAAAACAAUUCAUUGCAUAUCUUGAUAUUAUUCAAUGAUGCUAUUGCCCUAUUUAUGUCAUGUCUAUGAUGGUUCAAAAUUAAAGUU